AUCUCCACUGACACGUCUCGCUUAAUGUUUUUUUACGAAUAGAAAUUUGUUUUUUUUUUUCUUAUUAUUUCGUUUGUGCACUGAUUCUCAUUUGAUAUCUGCCUCUUUUUUGUUCAAUUACAUUAAUUUGGUCGAUUGGGCUGCAGACUAUUAUCGUAAAAGUAAAACUUUAUUCAAGAUUCAUGAAAUCUAUUUCGAAACAUACCAUUUCAAAUCAAUACUGAACGGAUGAGUUGUUCAUAUAUAGUGAAUAUUUUACGAUUUAGAAAAAGUAAAUUAUAUAUAUUGGGUGUAUUGAAUACCCCUCAGAAAGUUUAAAUUAAUGUCAAUAAAAUAAACAACGUGUUAAGAAAUGGCCGGACAAAAAUUUCAAUACGAUGAAAGUGGAGGAACAUUCUUUUAUUUUUUACUAUCGUUCUUGGCAUUGAUCCUCAUACCAGCCACACUCUAUUAUUGGCCGCGCAAGAAAAAAGAAGAUCCAAAUAAAUAUAAAGAUGAAUGUCAAUGCCCGAGUUGUAUCAGGAAACGGUUGAUAAUUGCUACCUCAGAACCGUAUAGAUUUCUAAAAGAACUUUUAGUGAAAUCAUUAAUAAUCGCAGGAUGGGUACUGUUAGGCUAUUUAACGUAUCGAGUAUCACAGUUUGAUUACGAAAUGUCCAAUUUUGAUCCAUAUGAAAUUUUGGGAUUGGAGACUAGUGCAUCGUUGUCGGAAAUUAAACGUGCCUAUCGUAAACUCUCACUUUUACUGCAUCCGGAUAAGGAAACGGGUGAUGAAAAAGCGUUUAUGAAAUUAUCAAAGGCGUACCAAGCAUUAACGGACGAUGAAUCACGCAAAAACUGGGAAAAAUAUGGCAAUCCAGAUGGUCCGGGCGCUAUGUCGUUUGGUAUUGCAUUGCCGUCAUGGAUUGUCGAAAAAGAAAACUCGGUUUGGGUACUUGGAUUAUACGCACUCGUUUUUAUGGUCGCACUACCAGUUGCUGUCGGAACAUGGUGGUAUCGCUCAAUCCGAUUCAGCGGUGAUAAAGUUCUCUUAGAUACUACACAAUUAUAUUUAUACUUUUUCCACAAAACUCCACAAAUGGCUAUGAAACGUGUCAUCAUGAUUUUGGCUGCUAGUUUGGAAUUUGAUAAACGACAUAAUUCGCAAGUUAUUGAACGGCCAUCGGAUAAUGACGAGGUUCCUUCGCUAAUUCGUCAGUUGCCAAAUUUGAAUGAAAAAUGUAAGGAAAUACCUUUGUGCAGGAUGUAUUCGGUGAAAACUCGUGCUAUUUUACAUGCUCAUUUGAGCCGUAUCGAACUUAAUUCAGAUACGCUGGACAAAGAUCGCCAACUUAUCGUUCAAAAAUGUCCAUAUUUAAUUCAAGAGAUGGUUUCCUGUGUCAAUCAAUUGAUCAUGUUGGCGUAUGCACGUCGAAUUUCAAAGCUGCCGAGCAUUGAAACCAUUGAAAAUUGUAUGAAGCUAUCGCCAAUGAUUAUUCAGGGUUUAUGGGAGUUUAAAUCUCCAUUCUUACAGUUACCUUUUGUAUCCGACGAUCAUUUACGUAUGUUUUCAACGAAAAAGCGUCACAUCAAGAAUUUGCAACAAUUUGCGCAAUUAAAACCAGAAGAAAGCCGACACAUUCUUAAACAUUUGAGUGAUUUUGAAUAUGAACAAGUGAUACGUGUUCUAAGCAAAAUGCCAUUGAUCGAUUUCAGCAUUCGAUGCGAAGUCAUUGAUGAUGAGAACACCAACGUUGUUACUGCUGGUGCAAUAGUCACUGUUACAGUUACAUUAGUACGUAAUAAUAUGAGCGAAUUGUUUGGUAAUACAGAUAUUGCGGAGAAGCAAAGCAUAAAUGACGAUGAAGAGCAACCGGAUGGCGAUGGAAAUGAGGAGCAAGCACCACCACCACCACCAGUAAAGCGCUCAGCAUGGGUGAAGCCUAGCUCACGAAAACCCCAUAAAGGUGGUGCUGGCGCAAAAAAUAAGCAUAAAGGAGGAAAAUUGAAGCAAACAAUUAUUGUAAAACAGGACAAUACGAAAGUAACGCCCGCAGCAGCUACAAAAGACGAAUCUGAGUCAGACGGUAUGGCGGGUGAUAGUGACGCUGGUUCAGAUCGUUCAUCAGAUAAUGAAGAGAAAAAGGUUUCAUCGGUUGAGGAUGAUGAUGAGGAAUGGGAAAAGUUCCAGAAAAAAUUAAAUAAGCGCGAAAAACUUGAGGGCAAAUCGAAAAUAUCACAUAGCGUACACUGUCCAUACUUCCCAGAAGACAAGCAAGAAUAUUGGUGGACGUAUAUUUGUGAUCGAAAAUCAAGAACACUGCUGACAGCACCAUACCACGUCACAAAUUUAGUUGAACGCGAAGAAGUUCAAUUAAAAUUCACGGCACCAAGAUGGCCAGGUGUUUAUACAUUCUCAGUGUGUUUGAGAUCAGAUUCUUAUGUGGGCAUGGAUCAGCAGCUUGAACUAAAAUUAGAUGUUAAAGAAGCAUCGGCUGUGCCAACAGAGCACCCACAAUGGGAUAUCAGCGAGUCCGAGUCCGAAAAAGAAGAUCCUCAUGGAAAUGAAAGUGAAUUCACCACAGAUUCAUCUGACGAGGAUGAUUAAAUCUGUUUUGAAAUGAAUUCAUCGGAAUAUUUUUGGUCUAUAUAUUCUUUCUUAUUGCAAUUGAAUCUGCAGUGGCGUUAAUAAUGUUAUUAAAAUAUUACACAAAUAUUAAAAAUAAGAAGAAAAACAACACAAUAACAAUAACAGUCGCGGAUCACUUCCGAUUCAAUGUUGUUUAUAUGAAAGGAUUCAGUUUUUUCUAAUUUAUUUUUGAUAGGAAAUUCAGUAAAUAAACUAAUAAUAUUUAAAGAAAA